AUGUCUUCAUCACUAAUUUUGCUGCAGUGGUGUUUCUAUCCUGUCCAUUGCUAUAUUUUGCCUCAUUUUUUCGAUUUUUUGCUACAUACUGCCAUGCUUCCUUCCACUCCACCCACUUCCCCUCAACGAGCCCAGUCUGUUGCGCGUCAAGCUGAGAGAAAUCAACGUAAUCUUGGCUCGCCUCCUGCACGACGUUUACCGCAAAAUGACCAUGCCCCUGUAGCACCAGAUGCUCCCCAUAUGAAUAUUCCUCAUAUGCUAGGAAAUUUAAAUCAUGCUCAGAUCCCUGUGCAGAGAUUUCCUGGAAUUCCACGGAAUGCAAUUGAGCGUCAUGAGGCGCAUCGUCAGUGGCGUGCUCAUCACCCACCACCACCCCCCCUGCUCCAGGCUUUGGCUAUUUUCCUCCUGCUCCUGCUCCUGCUCCUGUCUAUCCUCCAGGGUUUGGUGGCUAUCACCCCUCCUCCUGUCCCUGCCCCAGCUCCUCCUCCUGUCCAUCCGCUGCUCAAAUGCCAAUGUAUGGUGCUGUAUAUUAUGAGGGUGCAGCUCGCCCUCAAAACAUGCAGAAUGCCCAUCCCUUUCUCCAUCAGCCUGGUGUUCAGGGAGUACGAGUUGGAGUUGACCAUAACUUCAAUCUAAUGGAAAAUUUCAAUCGUGCUCAGGAGGAACGUCGAAGGCAAAGACGUAACAGACGGGGUCCUGCUCCCAAUCCACCACCUCUGAUCUGCCUCCUGCUC